AUGGCGAACCGAGACAGCGAUAUUGUGCAGUUCUGCUGCCAGCUCUACUAUGCGCAGGAGGGUGAAUCUCCUCUUACGAUCGAUGUUAUGCGGCUGGGGUCCUUCAAGGGAAGGCUAAGCGUGAAGUACCACACAGUUGAUGCUAGCGCGCUGGCCGGUCGCGAGUACGAAAGCUCUUCAGGCGAGUUGAUUUUUGAGAAUGGUGAAGAUCACAAGGAGAUCCAGGUCGAAAUCAACGACGAUGACAACUGGUCGCCUUCCACUGAAUUCAAGAUCGUCUUGACCCAUCCGCAGAACUGCAGGCUUGGACAAGAUCUGCAGUACUGUCGCGUCAAGAUCAUAGAUGAUGAUGCCUUUCCUGGCAACAAGCACCGCGAAGAGAUCUUGAAGGGUGAGGACGCGAUAUGGAACAUCAGUGGCUUCUCUCUAUUUUUCGAGUUCUUCCGGCUCAACUUCAUCAGCGAAGGCAUGGGCUACAGAACUGUGCUGACUGUGGGCUUCGACCAGCUCAAGAACGCAUACCUUCUGCUCACGUUAAUGAUGAAGACGUAUCUCAUCAACGUCGUUCUGGACACCAGAACAUCUGAGGAGCGCCUGAUCCUGCCGGAUCGGCGCCUCUGCGCCAUCUGCAUUGGCAUCCUUUACAUCUUGCCGCUUUCAAUCCUGCACGUCUGGGAUUAUUACAAGUUGUCCUUGGAUGUGCAAGGCCGCACCAAGAUGUUCAUCCAGACGACCCUCUUCCGGAAGUACCUGAACUACAGCGAGAAGUCGAGACGUUCCAUGACGCCGGCGCAAAUGAACCACGCCAUCACUCAGGAGAGCACCGAUGUGGCCAGCGCCUACAGCGCGGUGCUAGAGAUCGUUCAGAUGGGAGGACGCAUCGUGCUGAUGGUCAUGUUCACUCUGAUCCAGGACCCCGCCUGCUGGUGGGUGGUGGCGCUCAUGCCCUCGCUGAUGAUCCUCUUCGGCGUCAUCCGCGGAGAUGCGAUGUCCAAGGUGACCCGCAUCUCUGGCGCUGUGCGUGAGCAGGUGGUGGCCUUCGUCAGUGAGUCUUGCGACAAGUACAGUUUGAUUGCUGAGUACAGCCGUCGACCUGUGAUGAGCGAAAUGUUCGAAAAGAAGGCAAACCUGGCAAGGUUGUCGGUGAUCCCCGAGCAGCAGGUGGCGCUAAACAACAACUACUUCCCGCAGUGGCUGGGACCAACUUUCAUCGGCGCUUACAUUGCACUCUUUGCUGAGAGCGUUCUCGAUGGGUCAACGUCCAUGGGGGUGUUCUUGGCCAUCAUCUCCGUCAUCAGUGACAUGACCAACGACUUUGAGGGCAUCUUCAUUGAGCUCAUGAGUAUCAACACCCGGAUCGACUCCCUGAAGGUCUUGACUCAUUUCUUCAACAUGGAAUCGGAGCUUCCAAUACUUCGCGAGCUCAACCUCCGGAACAGGGCCCUGACCCUGGAGGCGCGGAAGGAGACGCGGAAGCUUCCCGAGCCACCAGCAGAAACAGGGCUUCUCAGGACCGAUCUUAUGGAGAUGAAGAUCGAACACCUCUCCUUCGGCUACAGGAAAGACCAGCAACUGCUGAAGGACGUCGGCCUCCUUCAUGUUCCGCUUGGCAGAAUAGUGGCAUUGGUUGGGGUGCACGGGUCUGGUAAGAACACCUUCCUGCGGCUGAUCUCCAGCAGACUGCUUCCAGAUGAGGGCUCUGUCUUCGUGCCAACUCACCUUCGCGUCCUUUUUGUGGCCCAGGAUCCCGUUCUGCUAGAUGCCUCUGUUUGGGAGAAUCUCACGUACGGCGCGCCAGAUUUUGCAGACAUGACAGUGGUUCAGGGAGUCUUGCAGCACCUGAAAAUGAAGCAUGUGUUGGAGACGCUGGAGGCCGAGAUGGGCGGACCCACGUCCGGGAACUCGGACGUCGAACAAGGCAUCAGGCAACCAAACAGAUCUCCCGUGGAGAAGAUCUCGGAUCUCGCCGAGCCUUUAACCGGUGAUCAGAAUGAGCCGAGGAGCUCGCGCACGCUAAGCAUGUCAGGAGGCACUUAUGUGGAGCUGCCAAACAUAGAGGCGGCUGAUCUGGAAGCCGACAUCAAGCAGGAGUCCAGUAAGCACCUGUGGCAAGAACCAUUGACGUACACGGAGAAGGUCAAGAUAAGCCUUGCCAGAGCUCUGAUCAUGAACCCCGACAUGCUCGUUUUGCAUCGACCCUUCCACCAUUUUGACAUCGGAACUGCCGACGACGUCUUGCAAGUCAUAAAGGAGCAUCACGAGAAUCGUGGUCUUUGCCUACCUGCUGAUGAAAGGAUAAAUCGCCGGCCUCGAUGUGUGGUCUUCUCGCCGGAGACAGUGGAGCAGGCAGUGCAAGCUCACAUCCUGUGGCAAAUAGAUCACAUUCACAAAACUGUCCGCGAAGUGGGCAAGAAUGAGAUCAAUUUCCGUGACUCGGCUUACAGCCUGACGGGCCCCAGCUCAAACGGGGCGUCUCACCCCGCAGGCGACUUCUAUGCCAAAUUCCACGCCUUGCAGACCUUUGCUGGUCACCCACUGCGCCCACACUUUCUGGGCGAUGCGGAUGGUUGUUCGGCGCGCGGGUUCCGCUUCUUCACGGUGUCAGCGCGGUACCAGCUUCAGCAGGGACAGUGGCAGCCGGAUGUCUAUUUCGGCCUGUGUGUCCCAGAGUCUUGCGAUGAGGGCCAUGUGGAGGUGAGCCUGGCGCCCGCCUACCUGGACUUCAUCCUUGGCUUCGAGGGCUUCUCCAGCCAGCUCUUGGACCUGAGGGUCGAGGCCGCCGAGUUCUCACUGCACUUGCCAUCGCUUCACUGGAUCUGGUUGCUCUUGCCUGCGGCGUUGGGCACCGCGUGCGAGCUCCUCUCACUGGGGCCUCGGACUCUGGGCCUGAGGUGCCAAGCUUCCAGGCUUUUCCAGCUUCCUCCUCCUGGUCAUUUGGAGGCGGUUUGCGCCAUCAGAGCUCUGGGCACGGUCGCAAUUCUCGGGUACCACGUGUUCUUCCUCAAGCGCGACUUGGGUAAGGUUGCGUCCAUGCCAUGGCUGGCCCGGCGGGUGCAGCAUGGGUGCAUCCUCUACAGUUCCGUCUUCUCCGCCGUUUCAGUAUUUCUGAUGCGCCGCUCUUACGAGGAGCAGCGGCUUCGUGGUGGGGGUGCUGGCGCAUGGCUCCGUUGGGGUGUUGCGCGGCUGUGGCGCAAGGCCCUUCGCCAGGUUCCCCCGCUCCUUUUGGCGUAUGCAGCCUUCCAUCAAGGCCUGCCACUGCUGCACUUGGACAUUGCCUCGCGUACAUCCCUACAGGGCAAGCGGCAGCUCUGCUCCAACUUGGAGGACGCCCUGAAUCCAGAGUGUUGGAAUACUUUUGCCAACUGGGCCAUCCUCCGCGACGCACAGCUGGAUGCUUGCAUGGUCCUAUUGCUCGUCUUGCGUGGCAUCGCGGGAGACCUCCUUGGACUGGCACUGACGGGAGCCCUGCUGGCAGUCGCUCUGCAGAGCAUCCUGCUUGGUGACCUGGGCGAUGAGAACCUGCUUUGGUCGCUGCCCUACCGGCGCCUUCCCGAGACCUUGAGCACUAUGCUCCUGGCCACGUGGCUCCCGUCGCCGCGUCGCCCAGGGCCCUGCACACUCGCCUUAGCCGCCGCCCUCGCAGUGCUCACUGUGCAAGCCGACUGGUUCAUCUCGAGCCAGGAUGAGGUGGCCGCGGUGCAGCUCAGCGGCCGCAAGCGGACUCCUGGGGUGGAGGCUCGGCUGAUGUUGGCCUUCGGCUGGGCGCCUCUUGCGGCUUCGGUGCUGUUGGUGGCCAAUGCCGAAAGCAAGGUGCUGAAGUUCUUUGCCGGCCAUUGGCUCUGGGGCACAAUAGGGUCACAGCUCUCAUUGCCCAUACUCCUCGUGCACAACGUGCUGUUUGUGGUCAUUGAGGGGCUGGUGCUACCGGGACCCUCCUGGGACUAUCCGUUCUCGUACAUGGUCUUCUUUUCCUUGCUGCUGGUGGUGCUCUGCGCCUCCUGGUUCCUCUCAGCUCUACUGCAGUUGCUCAUCCUGGGCCCCGCUGCGGAGCUGCUAAAGAGGCCUAUGACGUGGGCCGGUGAGUAG